CACCCUGCUGGUUGGGGAUGCGGGGCCCUGAAUCUUUCCAGCCAAUCUGAAAGCUUCUCUCCCAGGAGGGUCACUCACCUGUGUUCCUACCCGCAGCAGGCCAGCCAGAAGCAUGGGCGGGGACAGACCAGGUCUGGGCGUGCACCUGCGCCUGCAGGGCGGGAUGCUGGCGGCCGAGGCCCAGGGCCCUGAGCUCCACUCUACUGCCGGUGGCAGUCACGCGUGGCUCCCUGCCAACCGCGGGAGGCGGGAGGCCCAGGCCUGCAGCGGGCUUGGUCGGUGUGUGAGCGCUGUCCAUGCACCCCCAGCCAACCGGGGACCCAGAGACCCACUCACCUUGGCUCCGCCCUGGAGCAAUGCGGCCGCGCAGGGAGGGCGCGCUCAACUGCUGCUUCGGGCUCUGCACCUGCCCCGGAGCGGCCGCAGAUGAGAUCAUGCACCAGGACCUCGUCCCGCUGUGUGCUGCCGACAUCCAGGAGCAGCUGAGGAAGCGCUUUGCCUACCUGUCCGGUGGACGGGGGCAGGACGGAAGCCCGGUCAUCACCUUCCCCGACUACCCGGCCUUCAGUGAGAUCCCAGACAAGGAGUUCCAGAAUGUCAUGACCUAUCUCACCAGCAUCCCCAGUCUGCAGGAUGCUGGCAUCGGAUUCAUCCUGGUCAUCGACCGGAGGCAGGACAAAUGGACCUCUGUGAAGGCAUCGGUCCUGCGAAUAGCCGCUUCUUUCCCGGCCAACCUGCAGCUGGUCCUCGUCCUUCGCCCGACAGGCUUCUUCCAGAGGACCCUGUCAGACAUCGCCUUCAGGUUCAACAAGGAUGACUUUAAGAUGAAGGUGCCGGUCAUAAUGCUGAGCUCAGUGCCAGAACUGCAUGGCUACAUCGACAAAUCACAGCUGACUGAGGACCUCGGGGGUACGCUGGACUACUGCCACUCUCGCUGGCUGUGUCACCGCACGGCAAUCGAAAGCUUCGCCCUCAUGGUGAAGCAGACGGCCCAGAUGCUGCAGUCCUUUGGGACCGAGCUGGCAGAGACAGAGCUGCCCAAUGAUGUCCCAUCCACCAGCUCAGUGCUGAGCGUGCACACAGAGAAGAAGGACAAAGCCAAGGAGGACCUGCGGCUGGUACUCCAGGAGGGGCAGGGCAUCCUCGAGAGCCUCCAGGAGCCACCGUCAGAGGGCACGGCGCAGGGCGUGAACCAGGACCAGCUGGACAGCCAGGCCACCGUGCAGAGGCUCCUGGCGCAGCUGCAGGAGACCGAGGCUGCCUUCGACGAGUUCUGGGCAAAGCACCAGCAGAAGCUGCAGCAGUGCCUGUGUCUGCGCCACUUUGAGCAGGGCUUCCGUGAGGUCAAAGCCGCACUGGACACGGUGUCCCAGAAGAUAGCGACCUUCACGGACGUGGGGAACAGCCUGGCACAUGUGGAGCACCUGCUGAAGGACCUGGCCAGCUUUGAGGAGAAGUCCAGCAUGGCUGUGGAGAGGGCCCGCACCCUGGCGCUGGAGGGCGAGGGGCUCAUUGACAACAAGCACUAUGCCGUGGACUCCAUCCGCCCCAAGUGUGAGGAGCUGCGGCACCUCUGCGACCAGUUUUCCAAGGAGGUCGGCAGGAGGCGAGGGCUGCUCAGCAAAGCCCUGGAGCUGCACAGCCUGCUGGAGACGUCCAUGAAGUGGUGCGACGAGGGGAUCUACCUGCUGGCCUCACAGCCUGUGGACAAGUGCCAGUCCCAGGACGGCGCGGAGGCGGCUCUGCAGGAGAUCGAGAGGUUCCUGGAGACUGGUGUGGAGCACAAGAUCCGGGAACUCAGUAAAAUCUACAAGGACUAUGAAUCCAUCCUCAACCCAGACCUCAUGGAACACGUGCAGAGGGUCUUCCAGAAGCAGGAGAGCAUGCAGCAGAUGUUCCACCGCCGGCAGGCGAGCCUCAAGAAACUGGCAGCCAAGCAGACGCGGCCGGUGCAGCCCGUGGCCCCGAGGCCGGAAGCACUCACGAAGUCACCCUGCCUGUCCCCAGGCACCUGGCGUGGACCAGAGAACUCCGGCUCUGAGGGCAGUGCACUGCGGCGGGGCCCCUACCGCAGGGCCAAGAGUGAAGCAAGUGACAGCCGGCCAGGCAGGAGCAGCUCCACAGGGGACGAGGAGGAGAGCCUGGCCAUCCUGCGCAGGCACGUGAUGAACGAGCUUCUGGACACAGAACGGGCCUACGUGGAGGAGCUGCUCUGCGUCCUGGAGGGCUACGCCGCGGAGAUGGACAACCCCCUGAUGGCCCACCUCAUCUCCACGGGCCUGCACAGCAAGAAGGGCGUGCUGUUUGGGAACAUGGAGGAGAUCUACCACUUCCACAACAGGGUCUUCCUGCGGGAGCUGGAGAACUGCAUAGACUGCCCGGAGCUGGUGGGGCGCUGCUUCCUGGAGCGGAUGGAGGACUUUCAGAUCUACGAGAAGUACUGUCAGAACAAGCCGCGCUCCGAGAGCCUGUGGAGACAGUGCUCGGACUGCCCCUUCUUCCAGGAGUGCCAGCGGAAGCUGGACCACAAGCUGAGCCUGGACUCCUACCUGCUGAAGCCCGUGCAGAGGAUCACCAAGUACCAGCUGCUGCUCAAGGAAAUGCUGAAGUACAGCCGGAACUGCGAGGGGGCUGAGGACCUGCAGGAGGCGCUCAGCUCCAUCCUGGGCAUCCUCAAGGCCGUGAACGACUCCAUGCACCUCAUCGCCAUCACGGGCUAUGACGGCAACCUGGGAGACCUGGGUAAGCUGCUGAUGCAGGGUUCGUUCAGCGUGUGGACGGACCACAAGAAGGGCCACACCAAAGUGAAGGAGCUGGCACGCUUCAAGCCCAUGCAACGGCACCUCUUCCUGCACGAGAAGGCCGUGCUCUUCUGCAAGAAGAGGGAGGAGAACGGGGAGGGCUAUGAGAAGGCGCCGUCCUACAGCUACAAGCAGUCCCUGAACAUGACUGCCGUAGGCAUCACGGAGAAUGUGAAGGGCGAUGCCAAGAAGUUUGAGAUCUGGUACAACUCGAGGGAGGAGGUGUACAUCAUCCAGGCGCCAACUCCCGAAAUCAAAGCUGCAUGGGUGAGUGAGAUUCGGAAGGUGCUCACCAGCCAGCUGCAGGCCUGCCGUGAGGCCAGCCAGCACCGGGCCCUGGAGUACUCCCACAGCCUGCCUCUGCCCACACCGGCCAGCACCAGUCCCUCGAGAGGGAACACAAGGAACAUGAAAAAGCUGGAGGAGAGGAAGACGGACUCCCUGAACCUGGAAGGCUAUGUGAGCGCCUCCUUGUCCAAGCCCCCCGAGAAGGGCAAAGAUGACGCAGUCUCUAGCUCUGCCUCUGAGAGCUCUGCGCUGUCCAGAAAGCGCUUCACCCUGCAGGGCUUUGCCAGCCUCAAAGGGCAGAAAGCUUCUCCUACCAGUCCCGACAAAAAAGCUAAGCGGCACGAAGUAAAGAGCGACCCGACUCCUUUUGGUCUGCGAGGCUGGAGCAAAGCAUCCCACUCCCUGGAGGCCCCUGAGGACGAUGGCGGCUGGUCCAGCACAGAGGAGCCCAUCAACUCAUCCGACGCCGAGGAAGACGGUGGAGUGGGCCCCAAGAAGCUGGUCCCUGGUAAAUACACGGUCGUGGUGGACAAUGAGAUGGGGGAGCCCAACACCCUCACUGUGAGGAGCGGGGACGUGGUGGAGGUGGUAGAGGAGGGCGCUGAGGGGCUCUGGUAUGUGCGGGACCUGAGCAGCAGCAAGGAGGGCUGGGUGCCAGCCAGCAGCCUGUGCGUGCUCCUGGGCAAGUCCAGCUCGGCCCAGGGUCUGAGCAGCUCAGAGUCGAGCCCAGGAUCAGCUGUGCUGAGCAACUCCUCGAGCUGCAGUGAGGGCUGCCCCACGCCCUUCGACCUCCAGGCGUAGUGGCCGGGCCUGGCAGGACACCAGGGCCCGCGGGCCAGCAUGCGAUUUCUAGGUUUUCUUUUGCUUGGGCUUGCUUAGUUUGGGGAGAGGCGGUGCUACAGGAUCCAGCAAAGGAGGCCCCAUCUGCCGGUGGCCACAGCAGGAUGCACGGCCCUCAGCACCGGAUCCAGCCAGCCAGGGUGUCUGCAGAGAAUCCUCGUGCACAGUUGGGCCUCGCCGAGCAUCCACCCUGCACCCAGCCUGUCCGGGCUGAGCUUCCUGUGAGCUUCGUCCCACAGGAGCCGUCACUACCAACAGCCUGUGGAGGUGGCCUGGGACUCUCAUCUUUUAUAAAUUUUUGAUUUCUUUUAAGCAGGGAUUAAUCCCAUGGCCAUUUUUGGUGGUACUUUGGCCUCAGAUCUUUACCAAGAAUCACUGUGUUUACAUGAAAUGACAAUUUGAUACUGUAUUUGAUAUAAAGCUAUUUUUUGUUACUGGGGCUUACAUCGAAGCACGUUGUUUAUACCACUAAAUGGUUUGGAGGACUCUCUCUGCACUCCCUGAGGUGCUCCUGCUGCAGGUGACGGGACACGCGCCUGGUAGAGUCGGUGGCAGCUCUGUACCCAAAGGCAGCGAGAGACGAAGGAGGUCCUUCCACCUGCAUAUGUUUCAUUUUCACAGGAAAAUUUCAGCUGUAAUUCAAAAUAUUGACCUUCUUUUCUAUAAAAAAGGGGGAAUUAUCAAUUUUUUUAAAGAGCUUCACUGAAUCUGGAUAUUUUUAUUGUUUUUAAAGAAAAAUGUAAAGACGUGAUUUUUGCAGGGUCUCUGUGCCCGGACAGUCAGCUGCACUUGGGACUCCAGCACUCACUGCAUCCCUAGCUGUCCCUCCCCCCCCCCC